UCUCUCUAUUCUACAUUUGCCUCUCUCUCUCUCUCUCUCCCCUCUUCAACUCACUCUAAUCACCACCAAAGUAAGUGCAAGGAUUAUAACAGGGUCAUCAAGAGAGAGAGAGAGAAAAAAGGCAGGAAAACAACAAAUCCAAGAUGUUAAAAUCUCCAGAACUCCCGGAUUGUUUCUAUCCAAAUCAGCCCACUUUGGUUUGCCCAAACUCCCCAACUCCAAAGCAUUCCCUUUACCUCUCCAAUCUCGAUGACCAAAAGUUUCUCAGAUUUGCCAUCAAAUAUCUCUACCUUUUCCAAAACCCCGUCAGCUCUGAGACUCUAAAAUCUUCUCUCGCCAAAGUUCUUGUUCAUUACUACCCAUUGGCCGGCAGGUUGAGGCCCACUUCCCAAGAUGAUCAGAAGCUUGAGGUUGACUGUAAUGGCGAAGGUGCCGUUUUUGCUGAGGCAUUCAUGGAUAUCACUGCCCAUGAGUUUCUUGAGUUUUCUCGGAAGCCAAACAGGUCGUGGAGGAAACUCUCGUAUAGGGUAGAAGCUCUCAGUUUCUUGGAUGUUCCUCCUCUUAUUGUUCAGGUGACCAAUCUUCGUUGUGGAGGAAUGAUCCUGUGCACCGCUAUUAACCACUGCAUAUGCGACGGCAUCGGCACUUCGCAGUUCCUGCACGACUGGGCCCAUCUGGCGGCAAAGCAGAAUCUGGACCCACCAAUCCCACUAGUCCACUCUCGCCACGCGUUGAAACCCCGAGCGCCUCCUCACACGCCCUUCUCUCAUCCGCAGUUCACCAGAGCAAACCCUAGGCUCGACGGCUGCCACGUGGACAUCCUAAAGUUCCUCCAAUCCCAGCCGCUGGUCCCCACCUCCUUCACUUUCACCCCUUCCCACCUCCUCCGCCUCAAACGACAGUGCGUUCCGUCCCUCAAGUGCACCACCUUUGAGGCCCUCGCCUCGCACACGUGGAGCUCCUGGGUUCGCUCCCUCGACCUGUCACCCUCACUGACAGUCAAGUUACUGUUCUCCGUCAACGUCCGAAAGAAACUGAGCCCAGAAAUUCCCCAGGGGUAUUAUGGGAAUGCAUUCGUGUUGGGCUGCGCCGAGGCCCACGUAAAAGACUUGGUCACGCCCAAUCUUCACCACGGCGUCACCUCCGUUCAACAAGCUAAAUCCGCUCUCAACGACGAUUACGUUAGGUCAAUGAUUGAUUUGUUGGAGGACAAAACUGUAAAAACAGACCUCUCCACCACCCUGGUGAUAUCACAAUGGGCCAAGCUUGGGCUCGAAGAUUUGGACUUCGGAGAAGGAAAGCCUCUUCACAUGGGCCCGGUUUCCAGCGAUAUUUACUGUUUGUUUUUACCUGUCGUCGGAGACGUUAAUUCCGUUAGGGUUCUGGUUUCGGUGCCUGAGAGUGUUGUUGAGAAAUUUGAGUAUCACAUGAUGAACGAGUGUUUGGAUAAAGAAGAAAAUGGUGGUGAUGUUAAUGGGUUACGUGGAGAAGAUAAUAAUGGAUUAAUUUGA